GUCAUUCACCAAAGGCUGUUACUUUAACACUUUAGCACUCUGUUUUUUUCCUCUCUGCUUUUCCCUAAUCUCAUCUCAUUCUCUGUUCUCCCAAGGUUUCAACAACCAAAUUUUAUACCCUUUUUCUUUCAACCUUCGAGAGAUCUUUGCACGAACUUACCUUGAAAGACUAAAUCUUUUUCUUGACCCACCAAGAAAAAGUUAGUCUUUGUUUCCCGGAAAAAUAGGGUUUGUUUAAGUUGAUUAGCAGAGGAGUUAUGCUAAAGGUCUUAGCUGAAGUUCUCGCUUUUUUAUCAUCACUUCUUGUUUCUCUUACUGAUUCAAAGUGCCUCUGCUGGGGAAGUCUUCAGCUUUAUGUUCUAGGGCUUUGAAACGGUUUGUGAUUGUGGAGAAGAGUAAGCUUAGAUCAUAGGAAUUUAGAAACUUUCUUGUUUAGAUGGGAAUUGAUACCACUGAACGGAUAGAAAGGUUGCCUCAUUCGUUCAAGAUGCACUCUUCCAUGUGCUUAGCCUUGAAGAACUUAGUAGAUAGAGUUAUGAAAAUCUUUCCUGAAAUAGAAGCUGCUAGACCCGGAGCUAGCACAGGGAUACAGACUCUAUGUUUGCUCAACAAAGCUUUGGAGAAAGCUAAGCUUCUUCUUCAGUACUGUAGUGAAUCCAGUAAACUCUACAUGGCAGUAACAGGAGAUGCUAUAAUCUCAAGAGGUUGUAGAGCCAAAAAGUUAUUAGAGCAAAGCUUAGGUGACAUCCGAACCAUGGUACCAACUGCUUUGGCUAUCAAGAUACUUGAGGUACUCCAAGAUCUUAAGUCAACUGUGUUGUCUCUGGAAUCAUCUGAAGAAGAAGCUGGGAAAGCUAUUAGGGAACUAAUGAGACAAAGCACAUCUUCUUCUGUGUCUUCUGCUGAGAUCAGAGAUUUCCAUUUUGCAGCAUUGAAGCUCCAGCUUUCAACACCUGAAGCCAUUGUGGUAGAGAGAAGAUCCUUAAAGUCGCUUUAUGUGAAACUAGAGGAGUGUGAAGGGAACAAGAGACAGAUUCUGAAGUAUCUUCUCUGCCUCCUGAAAAAGCAUGAGAAGAUCAUUUGGAGUGAUCACAAAGAUAAUUCUUUCAGACAGCAUCAUCACUCUGUCAAUGAUUCUGUGUCUGCUAGUGGUGCUGAAGCCGGGUGUUCUGAGGAACACAAUGAUACACUUCCUGAACAGUUUAAGUGUCCUAUUUCUCUUACCGUGAUGUAUGAUCCUGUCAUCAUUUCCUCAGGCCACACGUUUGAGAGGAUGUUUAUUCAGAGAUGGUUUGAUGAAGGUCAUGAUGCAUGUCCUGUAUCAAAAAGGGUACUAGAUGAUUUCACAUUGCAGUCCAACGUAGCGAUGAAAGAUCAGAUAUCAAAAUGGUGCAAGAAGCACGGUCUUGAUGUUCAAGAUCCAGCAAUGAAGCACACAAACAAUGCGUCACACAAUCUUGACUUCUCUAUUGCUAGUUUUACAAGUUCUCUUUACAAUAUCCCUGAUCUCAGCUGCUUCACUAGUAGGGACUUCAGCUCUAGCUUCUCCACUGAUUCGCCAUCCUACUCUAAGAUGUCAAAGGGUGUUUACUUCAUGCCAAUGCAGACUAUAGCUUCUGAGUCAGGAACUGAAGUCACAGAUUCUUCUACUCAUCACAGUGAGGUGGAGAUAGAGCCUUUGUGUGAACUCACUAAGCUUCCUUGGGAUGCUCAGGUCAAGGUUGUUCAAGAUGUAAGAAGUCUUUUUGAGAAAGAUUCAAGGGCUAUUCGGUCUAUGUCACCUAGUAAAUUUCUUGAGCCACUUGUCACAUUCUUGAAAGAUGCUCAUGAAAGAAAUGGCACUGAGGGAGACAUAGUAAAGUCUGGUUUGGAUUUGUUAUUAACUUUCCUUAGUGGAAGCAGGAAGGCUAUAGAGAGCAUGAAAGAAGAUGUGUUUGAAAUGUUGUGUGUCUUUCUUGGGUCAGAGUUAGUAGCUGAAGAAGCUCUGAACGUACUCGAAGUUCUCUCUAACCAUCCACACAGUCUCUCCAAGAUAACUUCAACAAGCUCUCUCUCCUCCCUUUUGAAGAUAGCUGAGUCUGGAGCAGAACAUCUUCAAGAACAAGCUAUGAUCACACUCAAGAACCUCUCUUCAAGCAAUGAGAUUUGUGUGGAAAUGGUCUCUCUCGGUUUUGUCCAUAA